CAUCGGACUGAUUAAAAUCGGGUUCUUCAGAAAGGAGCCCCCAAACUCUCUUGACCUAAUUACUCCCAGAAGGCAGACCCAGAAGAACACCAUCGUCUCGUUCGAUCAAACAUUUUUGUUGAGAGAACAAUGGGGAAGCAGCCAGUGAGGAUGAAGGCGGUUGUGUAUGCUUUGUCCCCGUUCCAGCAGAAGAUAAUGCCUGGGCUCUGGAAGGACCUGCCCGGCAAGAUCCACCAUAAAGUCUCCGAGAACUGGUUCAGUGCCGUCCUCCUCCUCGCUCCCCUCGUCGGCACCUACACAUAUGUCCAACAUUACCAGGAAAAGGAGAAGUUGGAGCACCGCUUUUGAAGUGCAUAGAUGUCCACUUUCACAGUAAAGCUCCUCCUCGUUUUGCUACAACUUUGAUGAAGUUGUGUCAAGUGAUUUGAGUUAUUGGGAAUUUUUCGGACAAUGUUUGCCUACUAUUGCUUGUUAAAAUAAAUUGGUGGAUUCGGUCACCAAGUGUACGAGUCUGAUGUAGAAUGUGGAACUGCAUAAUUAGUGAGAGUGCAUCUUCUUUAAUAAUUUCUAA